GUCUACGCCACCGUGCUCACUGCGGCCAAACAUUGCAGGGUGUGACAAUGUCCAGUCUGUCUGUGCCACCUUGCACAGAUAAUGCAUCUUGUCCGUCAGCACUAUUCCGUUGCUCGUCUUCACGCAACGAGAACCUUCAGUAGUAACUCUACGCGACUUCGGAUUCUCUCGUCGACCAGACUCACGCCCAGUGCACCUGGCUCCCGCAGCAUACUUCAUACGCAGACAUCAAGUUCGGUACAUAGAACCUUUUCUCCUGCGAGUGCAGAGAAAACGCGCAGCAUGUCUUCAGACGCACCAAGCACAGCGCGCGACCGGAAUGCCGCAGACAAGCCAAGGCAUCAGAACCGUCUGGUGAACGCGAAGAGCCCGUACCUGCUGCAGCAUGCUGAAAACCCGGUUGAUUGGUACGAGUGGGGCCCGGAAGCGUUCGAGAAGGCAAAGAGGGAGGACAAACCGAUAUUCCUUUCGGUCGGCUACUCAGCGUGCCACUGGUGCCACGUCCUCGCUCACGAAUCGUUCGAGGACGAAGUAACAGCAAAACUCAUGAACGAGCACUACGUGAACAUCAAGGUCGACCGCGAGGAGCGGCCCGACGUAGACCGGCUGUACAUGACGUACUUGCAGGCGACUACAGGUGGCGGUGGCUGGCCGGUGUCUAUCUGGCUGACGCCGGAACUCCAUCCAUUCUUCGCGGGGACUUACUUCCCUCCGGGGAACUUCAGGCAGGUUCUGGUGAAGCUCGCUGAAGUCUGGGAGGAAGACCCCGAGCGGUGCCGCUCCACUGGCAAACAGGUGAUCGAGCAGCUACGUGAAGCAACUGAGGCACCUGCCUCAUCCUCAGGCAGCGCGAACCUGCCCAUCCCUUCCCUCGCACACAAGACCUUCUCUCGACUCGCCCGGCAGUUCGAUAGCACGCACGGCGGGUUUGGGCGCGCGCCCAAGUUCCCGCAGGUAUCCACGACGACCGGGUUCCUCGCGCGCUUCGCCGCCGCCGAGCAGCGCUCCCCCGCCGCGAAGGUUGUGUCCUCACCAAGCAGCUCCAGCGCAGGCCAGCCUCCGAGUGCACAGGAGGUCCUAAGCUACCUGGACGCGGAGCCACACGGGGAAGAGGCGGGGGCAGACUUGGAAGGGGAGACGGGCCGCCCGGCGAAGGCGGCGGGCGGGCAGACCGACGCAGCGAGGGCGCUGGAGAUGGCGGUGUUCACAAUGGGGCGGAUCUAUGCCGGUGGGGUGCACGACCAUGUCGGGGGCGGGGUUGCGCGCUACUCGGUCGAUGAGCGGUGGCAUGUCCCGCACUUCGAGAAGAUGCUCUACGACCAAGCUCAGCUCCUCCGCUCUGCGCUCGAGCUCUACCUACUUGUUCCAGAGGGCGACCCGCAGCGCGCACCCCUCCUCGCGCUCGCCCGCUCCAUCCUCGCCUACCUCCCCACACUGACGAGCCUCGCUGGCGUCUUCUUCAGCGCGGAGGACGCGGACUCGCUGCCCACGUUCCACAGCACGAAGAAGCGCGAGGGUGCGUUCUACACGUGGACUGCGGCGGAGAUCGACGCGGUCCUCGGUGGCGUGAAGCUCGGUGAGGAUAGCUUGAGUAAAGGCGUGAUGAAAGCGGCGGACGUGUUCAAAUGGACAUAUGGCGUGGAGGAGGACGGCAAUUGUGACCCGGGGCAUGACAUCCAAGGCGAGCUGAAGGGGCAGAACGUCCUGUACCUCGCGCAUACUCACGAAGAGACAGCGCAUAUGUUCGGGAUCUCGGGUGUUGAGGCCGAGCGCAUACUCACCGAUAGCCUGGCUGCGCUGAAGGACUGGCGUGACAAGAACCGACCUCGCCCGCACCUGGACGACAAGUUCGUCACUGCUUGGAACGGCCUCAUGAUCUCAGGACUUGCGCUCGCCGCUGAGGUUCUCCCGGGUGCCGAAGGUAGGCAGGCGUUGGGCAUGGCCGAAGAUGCGGCGAAGUUCAUUAAGGGGAGCAUGUAUGAUUCGGAGACCGGAGAACUCUGCCGGAGCUGGCGCGAGGGCAAGGGUCCGAGAGGUGUGACAGAGGACUAUGCGUUCCUCGUUCAGGGUUUGCUGGACCUCUACGAAGCGAGCGGCAAGGAGGAGUACGCGACCUGGGCGAUUCUCCUCCAAGAGAAGCAAGACGAGCUCUUCUUCGACGAAGACAACGGCGGAUACUUCACCUCCGCGCCCGACGAGCACAUCCUCAUUCGCAUGAAGGAUGCGCAGGAUGGCGCAGAGCCGAGCGCCGCGUCCGUCACACUCGCGAACCUCUACCGCCUCUCACACAUCGCGGAGGACCACCACGCGGAGUUCGCGAAGAAGGCAGCGAGUGUGCUGCAGUCAAACGCGCAGCUCCUGGAGCACGCGCCGUUCGCGCUUGGGUCGAUGCUCGCGAAUGCGAUGGUCCAUGAACGCGGAUACGUGCAGAUGAUUGUGACCGAGUCGCCCGCAGCGUCACCACAGUCGCCUGCGUUGAAGACGAUCCGCAAGCGGUUCAUGCCGCACCGUGUCCUGAUCCAUUUUGAUCCCAACGCACCGCCGAAGAAGGUCGCGAAGGCUAACGGCACGUUGCGCAGCCUCGUGGAGCAUCCAGAGGAGAAGCCCAGCGAUGGAGAUGUCAGGCCGAACGUACGGGUGUGCCAAGAUUUCACUUGCGGCCUGCCUAUCUACGAGUUAAGUGAGCUUGAGAGUGUUUUGAACGCUUGAAGAAGACUAUGUCAUAGCCAGAGUGUGUGGAGCAGUCCGAGAUAAAUAUGUACACUAUCGACAUUCCAGCCCAUACGAAUAUACAUCAUGCGACAUCGAGCGAGUCCCAGCAUAUCACAAGUACCCAGACUCGACAGAGCAGAUAUGUAGAUGCACAGC